GAAGAAGAGUUUAAAUGGCUUUUACAAGAAGAGGUCCAUGCUGUUUUGAGGCAGCUGCAGGAUAUUUUGAAGGAGGCCUCCCACCGCUUUGCUCUGCCCACCAGUGGCUCAGGAGCAGCUGUCAGGCAGGAGAAUUUCGUACUGAGCACAUCAGGCACAGACCAGGUGAAAGGUGUGUUGACACUACAGGGAGACGCCCUGUGUCAAGCUGAUGUUAAUCUGAAAAUGCCCAGAAACAAUCAGCUCCUGCACUUUGCAUUCCGGGAAGACAAACAGUGGAAAUUGCAGCAGAUCCAGGAUGCCAGAAACCAUGUGAACCAAGCCAUUUACCUGCUUAUGAACCGAGAUGUGAACUACCAGUUCAAAACAGGCUCAGAGGUGCUCAAGCUUAUGGAUGCUGUGAUGUUGCAGCUCUCCAGAGCCCGAAAUCGGCUGACCACUCCAGCUACCCUAACACUACCAGAAAUUGCCUCUAGCGGUCUCACAAAAAUGUUCACCCCUGUGCUGCCUCCAGACAUCCUUGUGAAUUUCUAUAUUAAUCUGAACAAGCUGUGCCUCACUGUCUACCAGCUCCAUGUGCUGCAGCCCAGCACAACCAAGAACUUCAAGCCUGCUGGAGGGUCCAUUUUACACAACCCUGGGGCCAUGUUUGAGUUUGGCAGCCAGCGGUAUGAAGUCAGCCACGUCCAUAAAGUGGAAUGUGUUGUCCCGUGGCUAAAUGAUGCCCUUGUGUUCUUCACAGUUUCACUGCAGCUUUGCCAGCAACUGAAGGACAAGAUCUCCGUUUUCUCCAGUUACUGGAACUACAGGCCAUAUUAACUCUCUGUGGAAUAGUUUAAGCCCUUACAGUACUUCUAGUGUCUCUCUCUUUGUUUUCUCAUCCCAUCUGAGUCUAGGUCAGCCUGAGGAAUGUUGGAGUUCACUGCCAGAUGCCCUCCAAAGGGCAGGGUCAGUGUACCCAGAGACACAGCUUUAGUAGCCUUGUCUGGGACUGCCGCAUAAGCAGGUCACAAAGCAGUGCUGGGUGAUUGGAGCUUCCACCUGUCCCUGUCCUCUUGUGCAUUGUGUGGCUCACAUUUCCUAAGCUCCUGAUGAGUUACACGGGUCUGUUACAAGGGAUGAGGGCUCUGGACUCCCCUCAUUAACUGGAUCUGUACACAGUGCUGUAACUUAACUCCUGGACUGGGGGGUGGCUGGGAAGAGGGGAAGGGUAAUUUAACACACCUCAUAAAAGGUAGGGCAUGUUGCUCCACGUAGCGAAGUACUUUGCUGUGAUCUGCUCCAGCUGUAGUUAUCACUAACCCUGAGCGACUCCCUCUCCUGCCUGUUCUGUCCAUGCCCAUGUUACUGAUUCGCCUUUGAGGAUGCUCUUAUUUGCUGAUGUUUGAAUUCUUUGGGUUUUUUUCCCUGGCAUCAAUGUGAUUUUUUUUUCCCUAAACCCUAGUUGGGCUCAUUGGUCUUUUCCAGGUUUAGUAUCUUGUUUUCGCUGCUAGCCUUUGGAGUUGCCUUGGUACCUUGAGCUGAGCACAGCUGUUCAGUCCCUCAUCCUGUCAUUAAAUACAAACUUGGUUGUUUUCCAAGUGCCAUCCAGAGCUCUGUGUUCAAAGAAAUCACAGAAUGGUUGAGGCUGGAAGGAGGAUCUCUAGGUCUAUCCAGUCCAAUUCUCCUCUCAAGAAGGGCUGUCCAAACCUUGUCUCCCAGUACCGUGUUCAGAGGGGUUUUGAAUCACUCCAAGGGUGGAGACUAGAGGUUGGUAUGUUGCUUUCAUUUUUAUUUGUCCUGCAUAGACCUUUGCUCUGGGCAUGUGGCCUGUCUUGUCUGUGCCCUUCCUUCCUGCCCCUUUGUGAGAUCCUUGGGUGUGGCAUUUGUUAAUAUAAUAAACUCACACGACUUGGUUGGUUGGGGGUCCAAACAACCAAAUCCAUUUAUUGGAAGCAAACAGCAUCUUUUAUAUGCACUUUAAAACAACACGUGAUUCUCUUAACCAAUUACCAUGGGGCACCCCAGUGCCUAUGUGCAGGAGUACAAUUGGGACUUCAUCUCCCAGGAUGCUCCUCCCAGUAUCCCUAAAACAUGCCCUUGCACCUGGGAUUCUGUGUGGGUUAGUGCCAGCCUUGUGCUGCUGCAGCCUCCUUCUCUGGGGACUCGACACUUGGUGCUGUGCUUGGCCUAAUGCAUGCUGAUGUCACAGGUUGCAGGCCAUAACAGAGCCUACACGUGAGCAUCAGGCUGUGACUGAUGAAUGUGUGUGAAUGAAUGUGGAAGGUAGAGAGGCCUGGAUGGGCUGAUGCAAUAGCAGACUUGUUACUGAUUCCAGUCAGUUAGCCUUAUGACUAGUUGCGGCCAUGACCCUGGGUGUGCAUUUACCAACCCUUGCUCUGAUCCAGACCAUUUUCUGCUUAGAAAGUGAUUGUGCAUGUGUGGAGCUGCUCACCAUUAACAGUCUCUCAGAGGAGGAUGUUUUUAUGGUUAAUAAGCUCUCUGGUUAUUAACUGUCUAUGGUCUUUUUUAGCCCUCCCUGUGUGCAGAGUGAGCUCCUUUUUUAAUUCGCACUAGUGUGUGCGGUUCAAUCAAUAUUGUCACAUCCUCUCCAACUCAGCUUCCUGCUGGUAGGGGUAGAAUAUGCAACCAAAUGCGUGUUGUUUUCUUCUGAUGAGAAAAGUCUUCCUCGGUUCUGGAAGGCAGGAGUGUGCAGAAUGGAAUGCCAGUCCUGAUUCCAGCUCUGAUGCGCGAGGGCAGUGCAGGGAGGACUGCUGGGUUGCUGGGAUCAGAGCAGCUGCCUGCCCAGCCCAGCUCCAAGGGAAGUCAUCUGGCACAUGCCUCGUGCUGAGCUCUGCACUCACCCAUGAAGGUGGCAAAAGCAGCAAUGUCCCGCUUAAUCUCAAAGAAUCUUUUUCUUGCCAACCAGCUCAGGAAGGUGUAGAUCUCACUUUCCAGGCCUGGGCUUUGACUCGGCUCCAUUUCUGCUCAGAGCUUCUCGGGGGUGGGGGAGACCUGGGGACCUGCUGGGCAGUGAGACAGCCCCUGUGAGCUGGGAGGACUGGAAGAGAUGCAGCCACACGCUGCCAUUCCCUCGCUGGAGGAUGCAGGCCAUCACCUGAGUCAGGUGAGCCUUGUAACCCUGCCACUGAACCGGGGCUUGGGCAUGGUGGGAAGGCUGUUCCCGAGCUUAGAUCAGGAGUGGAGUGAGAUGACUCCUGUCAGGAGGGAUGGAAUCCCCAGUGGCCGACCCACAGUGUCCAAAAAGAGGAGUGAAUGAUCUUGUGUGAAGGGAAGGGACUCAGAAGGCAGGAAGUGACAGAAGCACAGGGCACACUGCUUUCGUUGUCUCCACCGAGUGACACGGAACAACACAACCGAACAGAAACGGAAGACUGAACAUUGAUUUUCCACAAGUUGUUAAUGCCAACAGUUAAAAAAUGAACAGCAGUAUCAGCUUGAGGCAAAUCAUUUAACUGUCACGUUGUAAAUGACCCUACUCUUUUCUGAAUUGUGAUUAUUUUUUAAACUGCUAGUCCUGAGAGGAGGAGGGAGUUGGACUCGAUGGUACUUAUGGGUCCCUUUCAACUUUUGAGAUAUUCUGUGCAGUUCAGGGAUGCUUCGUCUCACAGGCUGUGUGCGGAGCAGCCUUGCCAUCCUGUGUGGGUCCUGUGAGGAUGUCUCACCAGUGGCCUGACUCAGUUUCCCUGUAUAUGGGUGUACCUUAUUUGCUUUUCCUUUUUCAUGUUGAAUUCAUGUCUACCUGAAGGAAUCAUAGCUGCACCCACACUUCCUGUGUAGGGAUGUCUGUGUAUAUGCCGAGGGGCAGCAAGUCCUCAAUGAUCUUCAGGUUCUCAUGGUUUUUGACCAGGCAUGGGAUCUUAAAGGACAGCUUUCAAGAGGCAGCUGCAGUGGUGGAUAACCCCUCUGCCCAGGUGGAUCCCCAGGUGCCAGCCAAGGAACUGGGCACCAACUGCAGAGCUUACCUUAUCCCUGACCCAUUGGCAAACCAGCCUCUCUCCUGCUGUCUUCUACCAGUGCUGGCGAAGAUUCUAUGGGGUGGGGCAGGAUGAGAGGGUCAGGGUCUCUAGAAUGCACCUAUUGUAAGUCUGUCCCCACUCCUGGUCCGAUUGUGGGUAGCCCUUUCCAGGCAUCUGGGCACAUAAAGCAGCUCCCAGGGACAGGCUUUUCUAACGUGGUGUGCUGGUUUUAAAACUCAGUGGGAAAACCAAGCCCACUCAAAUUGCCCUGUUGACAGUGGAGGAAAGAAUACUAGGAGAGGAGUCACAAUUUACUAAAGAAAUUGCAAUAUACACAACAACAAUAGUAAGAGAUUAUGCAAAAGAGGGAACCAACAAAGGCAAGAUGUUGCCUAGCCCCCCUAGAACAAGGUGGUGACUGUUCCCAUGCAGCAACACCACAUGGCCCCCUGGAAACAAAGGCAAGAUGGCAAAGAGGCUCUCCUGGCUUAAACUUCACCCCCUUCCCCUGCCUGGGAACAACGAAAAACCAAAUGGGGACAACCCAAAACCUGGAGAGCUGAUUCGUUCGAAUUGGGGGGUUUACUAUCAAAAUGCUGACCCCGGUGGUGGCAGUGGGGACUGGGUACACAGGGUGGCUGACCCUGCUCCUUCCUGGAGAGAGCAAGGCAAAAAUGUUGAUUUCCGGGUUCUGGUGGCUGCCUUAGGUUUUUUUUCCCCUGCCAAAAACUACACCCCAGCAGUGAUGUGGGUGGUAUCGAAUAUUCAGCACUAAAGCUCCACCCCCUUGCUUUGUAACCAUAACAUUAUCCAUCCCUUAUUCUAUACUAAUUAUGCCAUGCCCAGAUUUACACCUUUCAACUAUAUACAUAGAUAUAUACACCUAUAACUGUGCACAAGCUUGGGUAUUAUUUCACUAGUCCCUGAUCAUCCCCCCAAGAUGUUUGUUGAGUUCAUUUAGUCCAUGACUGGUAUAACUAGAGCAGCUGAAGAUGGAUGGAUGGAACAUUCCUCAGGAAGGCAGCCUGGAGGCUCUAGUGCUGUGGAAGUGCAAGCAGGACAAUGCUUCCAAGCAGCAGGUGCUGGCCUGGUGCUGAUGAGAAGGUAGCCAGGGGCCCAGCCUGACAGUGAGCCGAGUGCUGGUGGCUCCACAGCCUGGGCAUAGCAACACUUGGGAUGGGGUCUGUGCUCCCCCCCACCCCGGCUUGACAGUGCUUGUGUUAUCUGAAGUGGCAGCAGACAAGCUGGUUUGACAGUCACAGGGGAGUGCAGUGUCACGCCUAUCUGGUCCCAUCUUCAUCCUCAGCAGGAGGGAGGAGGUGUUGCAGAGGUUUGAUGCACCUGCUUCUGAAGGUGAUUCACUUGGCAGAGCCCAUGCUCAAGCUGUUUGCUCUAGCAGAGCUGCUAUUCCACCUGCAUCCCCCAUUUUCAGGUCCAGGCUCUCAUUUCUAGGGUGGGCCACUGGGGAGGGAAACCUCAGUUUGUUGCUCAUUUCCAGGAGACUGGCCUUGCUUGCUUCUUGUAGAGGAGUCGAGUGGAUGGAAGCAUCAUGGCAGCACUGUUUCAUCAGCUUUGGGGUACAGGGGAGGAUGCAUGUGGGUCACUGAGGACUGGAGCUAGGAAGAACCUGGCGUACCCCACUCCCAGGGAGCAGCAACCAGCAGCAGGCCUGUGCCCACUGGGAUCAGAAGGAGAGGUGUGGAGCUGAGAUGUGCAUUGGCUUCGUUCCUCCAGACACUCGAUCCUGGCAGAAUACACAAAUCCAUGGGUGCUCAGCCUGAAUAUGAAAAUGCUGGCCUGCAUCCUUGUGGUGGGGAAAAAAAAGUGUUUUCCCCUGGAGCUAAAAAAAAUGGUAACCCCAAGGGAGUGGUGUUUCUUGGUGUUGACCCAAUCAGCGCCCCUGCAAAAUUAAAACAUAUCACACCAGACCGGAAAAGAAGGAGGAUGACAUAGCUGAAAAAGUGGCAGCCAUGGUCUGAGACCACGAGGAGACAGGGGGCUUGGAGCCCCACUGGGGGCCGAGGCCCCACCAGCCCCCCGGCUGGGGCUGCAGAAACUCGGAAACAGUGUUAAACUGGGCUGAGUACUGUGGCCAAGAGCUGAGGGAGUUUUUCUCCACUGUGAGUGGGCAGCAGGAGUGGCAACAGAGACAGCACCGAACAGAGAACUGUGGCUGAAAGCCAAGAAGAUAAGAGAGAAGCAGCAAAGACAGCACUGCGGCCAAGCUGACGGAGGGAGGGAGAGAGGACUAAGCUCACCAAAGAUAGUUUUGGGGUAAGACUGAAUUAAAUCUCCCCAAAACCCCUUUGAGACCCCUCCUGGGAGGAGGGGGUGGACUUCUACUUGAUGGGAGUCCUAAAAUGCAGCAUGCACCGGAGAGAGGAGCUGAGAAGCUCAGAGACGUCCUGGAAGCUGGACCAGGACGGCCGGACGGAAUGCGGGGGAACUGGCCUUCUCCCCCUGCUGCUGCUGCCAGGCUGGCAGCUGAGGCAGAGCAAAGGAGCUCUGAUGAGAUGUUUGGGGCAAAGACUGAACUGAGAGCAGCCCUAAACGUUCUGACUUGAGGGAACUUGACCACUCGAGGAAGGGACUUUCAUGGGAUGUCUUACACCUCAUGAUAUGAUGUGGUGAAGCCAGCUUUUGUCCCAGCAAUCGCAGUCCACAGGAGAGAGACCUUCACUUGGAGCCGAAGGGCUGAGAGGGGUGAGAGGAGACCCCCUUGUGUGUAAUGGAGAGAGACAGCUACAACAACUCCAGCUAUGACUGCUGCCCUGAACGUGGAAAGGAUCUUUCCUUCUUUCCUUCUGGACUUUUAUUGGAGGGAGGAGGAGACUUGAUCCAAUGUAAAUAUUGCUUUACCAUAGGAGAGAUAAUUAGAAUUGUGUAUAUAAUGUAUUAUAAUAUUUACUUGUGUAAUAAUUGUAAUAUAAUUCCCUUCCCCCC